UGUGCUGUGUCCCUCGGACACAGCGGAUCACCGAUCAAUGGAAAGAGCCGAGAAUGUCGGCUCGGUCAUGUGAUCAGAUGUAUCCAAUCACAGCUGAUCACAUGGGACAUCUACACUGAUCAUCGGGGCACUGAUGAUCAGUGUGCCCUGAUGAUCAGUGUUUCCGCAGCAGUGCCACCUGUCAGUGUCCAUCAGUGCCAGCUGUCAGUGUCCAUCAGUGCCAGCUGUCAGUGCUCAUCCAUGCCACCUGCCAGUGCCCAUCAGUGCCACAUCAAUGCCACAUAUCAGUGCCUACCAGUGCACAUCAAUGCCACAUAUCAGUGUCCAUCUGAGCUGCCUUUCAGUGUCACCUAUCAAUGCCAGUCAGUGCUGCCAAUCAGU